AUAAAGCUCUGCUGAUGCAUUCUCACAAAAGUAUAUCCUUCUUCACUUAUACCCAUUUUCCCGAAACAGUGUAAUUCUCCAAAGAGUUGGCCGACAACAUGUCAUCUGCAUACCAUGGGAUCUUGCUCCUAAAGAUAUAUGACCCUUUUUCUCCUCACCCUCUAAAAAUAAACCCUUUUAAGUUUUUUUUAUUAAAAAGCUAACUUAUAUCUUUCUUCUUUACCAUAUCUUUCUAAAAGCAACCAAACAAUCCAUGAUGUCAAAAUAUUAUCUUGAAUAAAGUCCUUCAAGUUUCCAUGUCAGUAGUCUCUUUAUUACAUCAACCAAGAUCGUGGUUGUGUCAUCCCACUAAAGGCUCAAGAUUCAUUUCCUAUUUUUCAUCCCUUUAAAUACAACCUCUUAAGAAUACAAAAGGACUGAUCUAACCAAGUGAGUCCAACUUCCUUGAAAUCUACUAGCUUUCCCUUUCAACAUGCAGACCUCACUUCUUCACGAGCUAGUUGUUGGAACUCCAGUCAUAUAUGACCAGUUUCAAAAGUUGGAUAACAGAUACUUGCUUGAUUACGGCUCACAUCAAUUUCAAUAUCCAUCUAAACAUCAAAGAAAAUGUAGAGCAAAUUCUAACCAGAAAAAACGCAGCAGGAAAGUCAAUAGUAAUUCUGAAAUUUCAGUGAGACCAGGGACAAACAUAUCUGAAACUAUUAAAAGGAAGUUGAGCUUAGGGGCUCGCAUUCUUCAAGUUGGUGGAGUGGAGAAAAUGUUCAUGCAAUAUUUUAGCGUGACAGAAGGGGAGAGGCUGUUGAAAGUUUCCCAGUGUUAUUUGUCCACCACGUCUGGCCCUCUAGCUGGUCUCCUCUUCAUCUCAACUGAAAAGGUUGCGUUUUGCAGUGAAAGAUCCAUAAAAGUCUUUAAUCAAAAAGGUCAAAUGUGUAGGAUCCGCUAUAAGGUUGUCAUUCCUGCGAAGAAGAUAAAGUGUGUGAAUCUGUUAGGAUAUUGGUUUGGGCCUUAGUCCAAACCAAAUAAAUAGGAGUUGGCUCAAUUAGUUAGUUUUUAUUCCCCAAAUAAUUAGGAGUAGCUCAGUUAG